UUCUUGCAGCAGCUUUGUAACACCAUCACAAGUACUACCUAAGCGUCACCCCAGCAGAGAAUUAACAGUUCCAAUCUUAGCUUGGAUUAUUAUGAUUAAUGUUGACCCAAGUCUAAAUUGUGCUGACAUCAAUAACACAGGGCUUACUUGUGGUGGUGUUUUAUAAAAGGAACAGUGCUAGCUUAGCUUGGAACAGUCCAGCAAAUGAAAGAAAGAGAUUUAUAGAGAAAUACAGAGAUCUAUACUUGUUGAAGAAGCCAAAUACCUACAGAGCUGCCACCAUGAAUGGAACAGAAGGUGAAAAUUUCUAUGUCCCCAUGUCCAACAAGACCGGCGUUGUUCGGAAUCCAUAUGAGUAUCCUCAGUACUAUUUGGCAGAACCGUGGAAGUUCUCUGCGUUGGCUGCCUACAUGUUUCUUCUGAUUCUUCUGGGAUUCCCAAUCAACUUCCUGACACUCUUUGUCACAGUCCAACACAAGAAACUCAGAACUCCUCUGAACUACAUCCUUUUAAAUUUGGCCAUAGCCAAUCUCUUCAUGGUCUUAAUAGGCUUCACCACUACCAUGUACACAUCUAUGAAUGGAUAUUUCAUUUUUGGAACGGUAGGAUGCAACAUUGAAGGCUUCUUUGCUACAAUGGGCGGUGAGAUAGCCCUGUGGUCUCUGGUUGUCCUGGCUGUUGAAAGAUAUGUGGUGGUCUGCAAGCCCAUGAGCAAUUUCCGUUUUAGUGGGAUCCAUGCCAUCAUAGGGGUGAGUUUCACUUGGAUCAUGGCCUUGGCAUGCGCUGGUCCUCCUCUCUUUGGAUGGUCAAGGUAUAUCCCAGAAGGUAUGCAGUGCUCGUGUGGAGUUGAUUAUUAUACACCGAACCCGGAAGUUCACAAUGAAUCCUUCGUCAUCUACAUGUUUCUGGUGCACUUUGUCACACCAUUGACAAUUAUAUUCUUCUGCUAUGGUCGCCUUGUCUGCACUGUUAAACAGGCAGCGGCUCAGCAGCAGGAGUCUGCCACCACCCAGAAAGCUGAGAAAGAAGUCACCCACAUGGUCGUCAUCAUGGUCAUUUCCUUCCUUGUUUGCUGGGUGCCCUACGCCAGUGUUGCUUUCUACAUCUUCACUCACCAAGGGUCAGACUUCGGCCCUGUAUUUAUGACCAUCCCGGCCUUCUUUGCCAAGAGCUCUGCUAUCUACAACCCAGUGAUUUACAUCUUAAUGAACAGACAGUUCCGUAACUGUAUGAUCACCACCCUCUGUUGUGGAAAGAAUCCGUUGGCUGAGGAGGACACGUCUGCAGGCACUAAGACUGAGACUUCCACCGUCUCCACAAGCCAGGUUUCCCCUUCGUAGAUCUACCGAGGAAACCUUGGGCUUCAGGCUGUUUCAU